GGUACGACAGCGCUCAACGUCGAAGUGUCUACCAAGGCAUAGCGCCAACCGCCUGUCACGUUGUCCAGAGCAAAGUCGUCGCUGCAUUGCGAGAAGGUCACAACAUCUAUUUCUAGCGCGCCACUUUUAGCGCAUCACCAUGGACGAGUACGAGGACGACGCCGAUUUCGAGGCGUCCGCCACGUCGCCCCAGCCCGACGAAGAGAGUUACAACGCCGAUGAGUGGGAAGAGCCGUCGCCAGAGAAGCCAUCGACCCCGCUCCCCACGACCACGUGUGAAGAAGAAUCGACCGCGAGUCAUGUCAUCGCUGAGAAUGCCGUGCAGAACAUCCCCGAGCCAGUGCUUCAGCUGCCCGAGCCUCGAUUGCUGCCAGGUGGUGACGCGGUGCAAAUAGCAGAGAAACUAGACACGCGUCCUUCAACAUCCACCGCCGCCGCCGACGACAACGAUCGCUCAGAAGCUGAUGCGGUCGCCAGGCAAGAAGAUGAGGAGGAGGAGGAUCCCGAGUACCCACCCGAGAUGAUCCAGCGUUUUUGUCAGCACCCGAGCUUGGCCGUCAAACGCAGCACGGAAUCAAGUGCCGAUGCGGCGAUUCAACUCGCGUCGGCGCGCGUCAAGGCGUACCAGCAGCUGCAGGCGCGGCAGGCCGCCGAGGCCAAGGCAGCCAGCGAAGCGCGCAAGCAAGCCAAGCACGCCUGGCGGCAGACGUACGAGACCCCGCGCAGCCGACAAGAGUACCUGGUCGAGUCGACGCGGCGGCGCAAGGAGCGAGAGGCGCGCGCCGCGACACCGACACCUCGAUGGUACGCGCGAAAGACCAUGCCGCGCGUGAGCACAGACGCGAGUACCGAGAAGCAUGCUUUGGCGCAGCGCGCGCAGGCGGCAUCUCGACGCAAAGCCGCGGCGCACCGCCAGUACGUCGCCGCAACGCUCGCCAAAGUCGCUGCGACGGCCGAAUCGGCUCGCCAUAAAAGCUGCGGGUACGCGUGCGAGCCCGGCUCGUACCUCUUGCUCCAAGCUACUCCGCCCUGUCGCGCAUCCACGUCCUCAGAACCAGUUCAGGAUUCUACGAUGGGUAAGUGCAACGCAGUAGCUGUGAUGGCGUCUGCGGAAUCAGCCUUUGCGUGUGUCGAUGCAAGCGUUGAGGCUGCGGCCGUGAUGACUCGCUUACUGGAUGCAGUCGCCGUCGUUCCAACACACCCAGUGCCGUCGACGGUGCAGGUGCAGCUUGCACCGACGUCGGACACGGAGUGCGAGCCGCCCAGUAUCGAGAAAGUUCCGGUCGACGAGACGACGGCGUCGGAGCCACCAGCGUCGACCCCGAUGACGACAGAGUGGACGGCCGAAUCCGAGCCUGAGCCGGACCCGGCGAUGGUCAAGGACGCCUGCGACGCGCCCGUGGCAGGAACCAAGACGGACGAUGCGCGCGCACCGGACCCUGUCGCGACCAAUGUGUAGCAUGCAUGCACGUCUAAUAGUUAUCCUGCGAAAUGGCAAUGCGGCAGAGUACGCGACAUGUACAAACAUUUUGAUGUGCAAUGUAAAAGGGUAAACUUGACAAAGAGGCAAAGUGAG